AUGUUAGAUUCUCCUCUUUGCGAAAAUUCCAACAAUACAUCAAACAGUAACGACCCAUUCAUUGUUGGAACCACUGUUGGAUCACAAGGCUGGCCCAUCAUCAAGAAUUUAGAUCAAUGUCUCAAUGCUAUCGGAGAUGCCAAAGAAUUUAACAUUAUCCACGAUGGCAAGGGUUUCAUUUAUAUAAGUUAUCGGAGAGUGACCUCGACCACAUUUCCAUCACCGAUAAGUACGGUCAAUGAUUUAAUUCGGAGAGAAUUGAGAGGUUUGGCAUUUGAUAGUGAAACCAAACAACUCGUUUCCAGAUGCUUACAUAAAUUUUUCAAUGUUGAAGAGAAGGAAGAAACGAAAAUGGAACGAGUUCAGCAAAAUCUUGAACGUAGUAUUCAAUUGGGAAAGAAGAUGCAUGUCCUUGAUAAAUUAGAUGGAAGUUUGGCCAUUCCUGUGUUGCAAAAGAACGAAUUGAAUGAAAAACGAUUGCGAUUUAGAACGAAACAAGGCUUUGGUCACAACUCAACUUCUCGUGGCUGUGAAAAACAUAUUUAUGGACUUCGAGAAGUAAGUGACGAGGAAUAUGAGAAGCACAUUCCGAGUGUGGAUGAAUUUUUAAAGACAUCCAAAUCCUUUAAAUUCGGAAAUGUCAUUCAAUUUUGUUUGGAUUAUAUUGAGAAAGGAAUGACACCAGUUUUUGAAUUUUGUUCACCAGACUACAAAAUUGUCAUCAUUUACGAAACACCUUCUCUCAACUUAAUUGCAUUGCGUGACACUUUCAAUGGAGAUUAUGUGGAUUUUGAUGAAAUGACUUGUAUUGCACAAGAAUAUGACUUGAAUUGUGUGAAGGCAACACAUUUUGAUUUUAUUGACACCUCCACAUGCACCUCCGUUUCUGAAAUUAUUUCUGAAAUUAAGAAGAAACACGAUUUUGAAGGAUGUGUCCUCCGUUUUUGGAAUGGUGAAAUGUAUAAAGUGAAAUCCGAUUGGUACAGCACCAUGCACUUUAAAAAACAACGAUUAGAAUUCAAUUAUGUCAACGAGUCACAUGCAUGGUGGUUAGUAUUGGAAGGUGGUAUUGACGAUCUCAUUCCCAUUCUCAAUACAGAGGAAGAGAAACAACGAUUAAUGGCUUUCAAUGAUCGACUCGGACAUGUUCUUGGUGCAUUUUCUGAAAAUCUGCUGAAACAGGUGAAAUCCAUUCUGGAGGAAACAAAAACUCAGAAAGAGUUUGCUUCUCAUCUCAACACGAACUUCAAGUCAGGGUUGAGAAAACUCAUGUUUGAUGUUGCUCGAAUGAUAACCGAUCAAAAGAAGGAGGAAGAAAUUACUGAUCUUGAUGCAAAGGUGAAUACUCUUGUGAAAGAUUUGAUAUUACGAUUGGUUUCACAAAACAAAAUUGAGGAUGCCAGAACAUUCUUACGAGAUCCAACUCUCUCCUAUCAGAAGGAUCCAACUUCUAGUUCUCAGAGAAAGACCCAAUUCGAUGACGAAGAGUAA